CACCAUUUUCUUGAAGACAUCUGCCACUGCCAGCUCACGCCCUCUCUCCAGAAUGGCGGCUGUGCUUGCGAGGUGUGCCACAUUUAGACAAGCUGCCUCGAUCGGCUACAGAGCAGGCAAAGCGUCUCAGCCAGUUGGCUCUUUCUUCGCCCCUGCUUUCAUUGAUCAGCCUGCACGCCUGCGCCAGUCUUCAUUUCUCGCAUCCAGUCCCAACCACACUUUUUCAGUGCCAGCUUUUGGAUUAGAGAGGAGAAUCGACUCCAGAAAAGUCGGGUUCUCCAUUUUGGCUGCUGCAGGCAUGCAUGCAUCAGCAAACAUGGCGCCGAGCACAGAUACCAUGGGCAAGACUAUCACAUGUAAAGCUGCCGUUGCUUAUGAGGCCGGCAAGCCCCUACAAGUUAUCGACGUCCAAGUUGCUCCCCCUCAGGCUGGGGAAGUGCGCAUCAAGAUCACGCACACUGCGCUGUGCCACACUGACAAGUUCACGCUGUCCGGGGAAGAUCCCGAGGGGCUGUUCCCCUGCAUUCUGGGCCAUGAGGCAGCGGGGAUCGUUGAGAGCGUUGGGGAGGGGGUCACAAUUGUGCAGCCAGGGGAUCAUGUCAUUCCCUGCUAUCAGGCGGAGUGUCGGGAGUGCAAGAUGUGCAAGUCAGGCAAGACGAAUUUGUGCGCUAAGGUCCGUCCUGCCACUGGAAACGGAGUCAUGCUCCACGACAUGAAGAGUCGCUUCUCCGUAGACGGCAAACCCAUCUACCACUUUAUGGGCACGUCUACUUUCAGCCAGUACACAGUUGUCCACGAUGUCUCCUGCGCAAAGAUCGACAAGGAUGCGCCGCUGGACAAAGUGUGCCUUCUGGGCUGUGGGAUCCCCACAGGGCUCGGAGCGGUUUGGAACACUGCGAAGGUCGAAAAGGGCGCCACCGUUGCUGUGUUUGGGUUGGGAACUGUCGGCCUCGCAUGCUGCGAAGGGGCUAAGAAGGCGGGGGCGAGCCGGGUCAUUGGGAUCGACAUCGACAUCAACAAGUUCAAGCGGGCGACGGAGUUCGGCUGCACCGAGUUUAUCAAUCCCAAGGACUUCGACAAGCCGAUCCAGGAGGUGAUUGCGGAGAAGACGGACGGCGGCGUUGACUACAGCUUCGAGUGCAUUGGCAAGACUGACACCAUGCGUGCCGCGCUCGAGUGUUGCCACAAAGGUUGGGGUACGUCAGUGAUCAUCGGGGUGGCGGGAUCGGGUCAAGAAAUUCGAACACGACCGUUCCAGUUGGUCACCGGACGGGUGUGGAAGGGGACCGCGUUUGGGGGGUUCAAGAGCCGGACGUCCGUACCGGACCUGGUCAAACUGUACAUGAACAAGGAGAUCAAAGUGGACGAAUACGUCACGCAUGAGCUGCCCCUCUCCGAGAUCAACAAGGCCUUUGACUUGCUUUCUUCCGGAAACUGCCUGCGUUGCGUCAUCCAUAUGCCCAACUAGAAAGCAGGUUCAAGUUCCUGCUCGAGCGGCUUCGUCCGACUUUGUUUUGGCCUCAAGUUUUGUAGAAUAUUCGAGCAUGCAACAGACUUAUCCACAGCUUUAGAACAGGUUCUUACAGAUCAGAUAAGGACGAUGCAAUUUUUAACUAUCAAAGGUCCGUGCACUGUAUGUGAUCCGUGCGCCUUAGUCGCCAUUCUAGCUCCUACCUUUCGACAUAUGAUCGUCAAAUUUUCAACGUUUAAUCUGGCGGAGCUGGGGUAUUCGUUGAUACCCACGUAGUAC